AACGAGGUUUGAGCCGCGCGGAUGAGUUCCGGUUGUGGUACUUGAAUUGUGAAGUAGCCACGACACCUCUAAACAGGGUGACGCCAUCCGCCGCCUGCAGUCAUGUGACCUGUGGCGUCAUCCUGUUUGGUGACAGCAGAUGGACGUAGAUGAGGCGCUGCUCUCAGUUGGGGAGUUCGGCUGGUGUCAGAAGCGGCUGACAGGGUUCCUGAUCCUACUGCAGGUUUACGUGGCUUGUCAGUCCAUGCUGAUUGUCAUUGUGGGAGCCAUUCCUGAAUAUCACAUUGACAUAGAAGCUGAAUCUGCUGACAGAGACAUUAUAAAACUUGUUCGCUUUUCUGACAAUUUCACUUCUAUAGUAUCAGAGUGGCACUUAAUACAGCAUGAAGCAUACAAGGUCAAUCUGGCAUCAUCAUUAUUAUUUGCCGGCCUCCUUAUUGGGAACAUUUUGUUUGGACCUUUAUCAGAUAAACUGGGAAGAAGACCAGUAUAUUUAACAGGACUGUUUUUUGAUGUCCUUUUUGGGUACUUAACAGCUUUGGCUCCAAACUAUGAAGUUUUUGCUGUUUCACGAUUUUUUGUUGGUAUAAUGAAUGGUGGUAUGGCCCUUGUGUCUUUUGUAUUAACACAAGAAUAUGUUGGAAAAUCCUAUUGGGCAUUGACAGGUUCUUUAACUAACCUAACCUUUGCUGUUGGCAUAGCCUUGUAUGCUUUGCUGGGCUAUUACAUCAGGAAUUGGAGGAUACUUGCCUUUGUAGCCAACUCUCCAGGAGUUCUGUUUUUUCUACUUUCAUUUUUGCUCCCUGAAUCCCCAAGAUGGCUGUACUCGCGUGGUUACACAGCUGAAGCAGAGGCAGUGUUACACUGUAUAGCUCGUGGCAAUGGCAAGGAAAUUCUUUCAGUGAAAUUGAAAGAAUCCAACGCAACCCCGGGACCUGGUGACUCAGCGCACAGUGUCUUUGAUUUGGUGAGAUACGGCGUGCUUCUCCGGAGGACCAUCAUUUUGAUGUAUAUCUGGUAUGUCUGCAGUCUGGUUUACUAUGGCUUGACCUUAAAUGCAGGGGAGCUGAAAGGCAAUCUCUAUAUGAAUGUGGCAUUGUACGGUCUUAUAGAAGUCCCCGCAUUCCCGCUCUGCUUGUUCUUUAUUGAGAAGUCUUGGUCUGGAAGAAGAAAAUCCACAUCUGGUUUUCUAGUGUUUGCUGGACUUGCUUGUAUAUUUACAAUGUUUUUACCAGACAAUAACCGUUUGUAUUUGAGUCCAUCAGCCUUUGCCUUAUUGGGGAAGCUGUCCGUCAGCGCUGCGUUCAAUGUCGUUUACAUUUAUACCUCUGAACUUUAUCCUACAGUUGUAAGGAAUGCUGGAUUGGGUGUAUGUGCAAUGGCAUGCAGAGUUGGUGGUAUACUUGCUCCUUUUGUACCUUCAAUGAAAUCUCUUAAUCCAUCAAUGCCAUUCUUGGCAUUUGGAAUCAGCGGCAUAUCAGCAGGAAUCCUGAGUCUGUUACUGCCAGAAACACUUAAUAAGCCAAUUGCAGAGUGCACAGAAGACUUACAGUCUCCUGCAUACCAAUUGUUAAACAAGACAAAACAAAAAGAAGUUGACAUAGAGCUUUGAACACAUUUACUCUAUUUCUCAAUUGGAUGCCUUACUAUCAAGUAUCUAAUAUUGACGUCAAGUCAGUGAGAGUUCUGCUGAUCAUCUGAAAUGGACAUCAAGUCAUGAAGGUUCUGUUGAACAUGCAACAUAAACAUAAAGUCAUUGGGAGUCAUUGGGAGUCCAUUUAAUAUGGACAUGAGGUUAUUGGGGGUCAUGUUGAGCAGCUAAAAUAGAUGUCAAGUCUUUGGCAAUUCUUGAAGGAAAACCUCAUUAAAAGAAUAAGGCUCAUUAAAGAUGUUACAUUAAUGAUGCGUUUUUGAUGGUUUCAUUCCCAGCUGUCCAUUAGAUCCUAAGUUUGUUUUUUCUUUCAACACGUUCCUUGUAUUAUUAUUAAACUUAGAGACCUUGGAGACAUAGUCCCAGCUGAAAGUCUAUUCUGUGGGCCUAAUAUAUAUAUAUAUGUGUGUGUGUGUGUAUAUAUAUAUAUAUAUAUAUAUAUAUAUAUAUAUAUAUAUAUAUUAUAAUAAGCAGUGUUAUGGAUCUGCUUUUAAGAAUUUUGCUGAGGUUCUGCAGUACACCCUCAAGAAUAUACUAAAAUGUGAAAUCUGAUGUCAUAUAUAAAGCUUUGUAUUGGACUAUUUUAUAUCUCUGUUUUGGUGCAGUAAAAGUACACUGUCUUUUAGUUUAUGAUAACCAUGAAAUCUCAUACUUCAAUGAAAAUACUUUGUAAAGGAGAAAUAAUGCUGCAUCUCUAGUGUGAAUGAUGUGGCCAUUUUUAUGGACCAAAUGUACUUUUAAAAGUUUGUUUCGAGACUUGGACAUUUCCUUACUGUGUUUUCUGGUAAAAUAUGUUGAUGAUGCUUUGAGUGUCUUUUAUAAAUCAAGAUUUAAAAUUUUCAAUUUGUUCUUUGUGGUUUCAGGUUAUGGUCAUGUAUCUGUUUUACAGCUUCCUGUAUAAAACACCAUAAAAUUUCUGAUACAGUUUUUUUUUUACAGCUGAACGUACACACUCAAAAUUUAAAUAGCCUUAUAUUAAAAGUAAUAUCCAUAGAAGAUGGAAGAAAAUAGGUUAACCAGCAAGAUAUUUUUCUCUAUUUUAAAUUUGAUUUGAAUAGUUUUUUAGUCUUGACCCAUUGAGUUUACUUGCAAUGAUUAAGUUUAUACUUAUUACUUUUACAAAACAAAUGAUUUUAUGCAUAUCAUUAUUGUGAUAUUAGAUAUAGCCUAAUCCUUGCCUAAAGUAGUAACUUUAAUGUGCUCAUUUUACCCUUACAAUUAACUGAAGUGACAUUAACCCCUUAACAUAAAUGGACAUAAAUAUACGUCAUGGUACGGUGGUACUUAAUGCACCAUGACUUACAUUUACGUCCCUCCAUGAACAUGAGCACCGGUCCGGUGCUUGCUUCAUGCACGGCAGGUCCCGGCUGCUAUCAGCAGCCAGGGACCCGCUGGUAAUGGUGGACAUCCGCAAUUGUGUGGUUGUAUGCCAUUAACACCUUCAGAUGCCAUGAUCAAUACAGAUCACAGCAUCUGCGGCAGUGCUGUACUUUAA